UGUGAUAGGUCCGAUAUGACUCAACAAACAUUAAUGAUGAUGUAAUAUGUAUACUGAUAUACUUCAUGAGACCCAUCUGAAGUUCACAACAUUUUUUAAUAAGGAAUUCAGCAUCAUUGAUAUUGUGACUUAAUGCACGGUAAGUUAUAAAUUAACAGCCAUGUAUCACUCAUAGUUGUAUCCCUCCCAGACGUAUCCCAGUAUCUGGCAGAUGGGCCUAAUCAAUAUACUUGACAAGCCUCCCGAUUUUCCUGGGAGACUCACGUUUUUCCUUGCCUUCUCCCAGUUUCCUCCCUGGGUCACAAUUCGUAUUUCUCCCAAUUUAUGUCAAAUUAACUUUUUUUUUAACUUGUUUCUGGCACUAUACAGCAUGUAUAAUCCUAAAAAGAGCAGCAGGGGCAAAAAAAUGAAUUAUAACUGAUGAAUAUGUUAUGGUUCCAUCCCUCUUUUCCCUCUGUCUCCCUAUUCCCUGUCUGUGUGUGUGUGAGCUUCCCCUCCCCUGCAGGCUCUGCUUCUCCCGCGCUGCUGAGACAAUCAACACACCUGGUCUCAUCAGACAUAGCUGCUUCCAAUCAGGAUCAUCCACUCCAGUUCAAAUAGCCCGGUUCUCCAGUCACUCUUCGCCAGAUCGUUGACUCAACCUAAGUGGAUCCUUGUUUGCCUGUUGCCAGCUUGCCUUCCCUGCUCCACCUCAGCCUCGACCUUAUCUUGCCCAUGCACAAUCUCUACUUUUUGGCAAUAAAAGCCUUUUUGUUACAUCGCCAAAUCCACUGUCUGUAUCUGCAUUUGAGUCCAAUAUAUUACUGAUCGUAACAGAAUAUUAGUUUAUGCUAAAUAUUCACACGCAAAGUUUAUGCUAGAGGGGCAAAUUAUUCAGUUUUCUUUCCUGAGAUUUAAAGGUAAAAUUAGAAGUUUAACAUAAAAAUGCUGUUGCAGUGUACUUAUUAUUUUGUUAUUUUCAUUGUUUUAAAGGGGGCCGGUCUUGGCCAAAAUGCCAGGGCCGAUUAUUUGUCCCAGUCCAGCCCUGCCUGGUACACGACCUAAUGGAGAAGAUGAUCUGCAGCAUCCUGCUGCUCCUCAGUCUGACCUCCUGUGUCUCUGGAUCAUUUGUAGUGAAUGUGACACAGACCUCCUAUCAGGCAGAGGAGAACCACAACAUCACACUGGAGUGGAUGUUCACAACCAGCACCGGCAGUUCCCCCAACUCACUUUUUAUCUUCUGUGAACUGUUAGCUGAUCUCAAACCCUUAGUCCUGUUUCAUCUCCAUGAAGGUGUUGAGGUCCCAGAGUCUCAGGAUAAACAGUUUACAGGACGAGUCCGGUGGGACAAAGACGUCCUCAGAGAAGGACGAAUCAGACUUCAUAUGUCCAGACUCAGGAUUAAUGACUCUGGUGUGUACCGGUGUGAAGUGCUCACAGGUUAUGGUACGAGCUCUAGGAUAUGUCGCCUCAAUGUCACAGCAGCUGCUGAUGAGCCCAACUCUCCGACACCAACAAUGAGAACACAACCAGAGAGUCGGGGAUGGAUCGGCCUCUACGUUGGACUGACAGCAGCUCUACUGGUUCUCUGUGCUGGACUCUCUGGACUCUACUUUACCUUCUUUCAUAAAUCUACUGGUAAUAGGGGCAACUGUGGCUCAGAGGGUAGAGGAGGUUGUCCACCCAUCGAAAGUUCGUAGGUUUAAUCCCCGGCUGACAUGUUGAUGUGUCCUUGAGCAAGACACUUAACCCCAAAUUGCUUCCGAAGGCUUAGCCAUCGAUGUGUGAAUGAGUAUUUAGAUUAGAUCCUCAUGGGCAAAGUUGGCACCUUGGUAGCCUCUGAUAUCAGUGUAUGAAUGUGUGUGUGAAUGCUGACAUUGUAGUGUGAAGCGUUUUGAGUGGUCGGAAGACUAGAAAAGCGCAAUAUAAAUGCAAGUCCAUUUACCAUAUAUCAAUAGAGGAAACAUCUAUAGAGUCGUCCAGAUGAUGAGUUUCUCAGAGAAACAACCCAUCAGGAUUAACCAAGUGGUAACCUCUGCUGCUAAGAUAAGGUUGUGUCUAGAAGGUAACCCCCAAGCUGC